GGGGCGGGCUCGGGGCGGGCCUGGGGCCGCCUGUUGACUCGUCCCGGCCCCAUCACAUGAUCCCGGAGCGCACGGAGCGGGCGGUGGAGCAGCGGCGCCGGACGGGCCAUGGCGGUGGAGGGCGGGAUGAAAUGUGUGAAGUUCCUGGUUUUUAUCUUCAACUUCAUCUUCUGGGUGUGCGGGGUGGCCCUGGUGGCCAUCGGCAUCUACGCGCAGCUGGCCCUGGAUAAGGCACUGGCCGUCAGCAGCACCUCGGCCGCCGGCAGCCCGGUCGCCAUCCUGGUGCUGGGCAUCGUCAUCUUCUUCAUCUCUUUCUUCGGCUGCUGUGGCGCCUGGAAGGAGAGUUACUGCAUGGUCACCACGUUCGCCGUCCUGCUCAGCAUCAUCUUCCUGGUGGAGGUCGCCGCUGCCAUUGCUGGAUACGUCUUCAAGGACAAGGCGCGCUCGGUACUGGAGGAAGGGCUGUGGGACGCCAUGCGCAAGUAUGGGGAGGACCAGCCGGUGACGGAGGCAGUGGAUGAGAUCCAGAGGGAUUUCCAGUGCUGCGGAGCCAACAACUACACAGACUGGUCCAGCAUCGAGAGGUUCAGGGCCAAUGACACGGUGCCACGGUCCUGCUGCCGCAGCAAUGCCACGUCCUGCAACGUCCACCCCACCCCUGAAACCGUCUACGAGAAGGGCUGCCUCCAAAAGAUCGAAGCCUGGAUGAAGAAGAACAUCCUCAUCGUGGCCGCUGUAGCGCUGGGCAUCGCCUUCUUUGAGAUCCUGGGCAUCAUCUUCGCCUGCUGCCUGAUGAAGGGCAUCCGCAGCGGCUAUGAGGUCAUGUAGACCCCUGGCUCUCGCUGCCCCCACCCCGACUUGGGGGGCACCAGGGGCAGUUCCCCCUGCCAGCUUCUCGGGGCAGGGCCCCACGUGCCAAACCACUGCCGGGGGUGGGUCACUGCCAUCGGAACCCUCCCCAUGUGCCUGACAGGUGGGGGCUGGGGGUGUCCCCAACUUUGGAAAUACAGUAAAAAGAAAAGCUUCUGUAGA